UCCGGAGCCGGCGCCUCGUCGUUCCCUCCCAGCGCGGGGGCUCCUGGGCUUGCUCCGCUGCUGCUGCCCCUGCUGCUGGCUCUGCCCCUCGCGGCCGGGGCCAACUGCCCGUGCAAGAACCCAGCGCUGUGCAACCCGAUCACCCACCGCCUCAACUUCGAGGUCUUUGUGUUUGAUGUUGGACAUAAAGUUUGGAAAUAUUAUGACUGGUCACAGAUUACAACUGUGGUACUUUUUGCAGAUUAUGACCCAGAACUUAUGUGCCAUGCUCAUUCAAAAGGGGCCAGGGUAGUGCUAAAAGGAGAUGUAUCUGUAAAGGAUAUCAAAAAUGCUACUUUCAGAGCAUCCUGGAUAGCUAAGCAAGUUCAGUUGGCCAAAACACAACAUAUGGAUGGAAUUAAUCUAGACAUAGAGCAAGAAGUCCAGCGUUCAUCACCUGAGUAUUAUGCAUUAACUGCUUUAGUCAAAGAAACUACAGACACUUUCCAUCGUGAAAUUAAGGGAUCACAGGUAACCUUUGAUGUUCCUUGGUCUUCAAACUGCGUAGGUGGAAGGUGCUAUAAUUACACUGAAAUUGCAUAUGCUUGUGACUUUCUCUUUGUGAUGUCUUAUGAUGAACGAAGUCUGCCCUGGUCACAAUGUAUUGCAGGAGCCAAUUCUCCCUAUACUCAGACAUUAACUGGAUAUGAGGACUACAUCAAGAUAGGUAUUAGCCCUAAGAAACUUGUAAUGGGUAUUCCCUGGUAUGGUGUUGACUAUACCUGCCAGAAUCUAUCAAAGGAUCAUGUUUGUACCACUGCAAAGCACCCCUGUAAGGAUGCUGUACACCAGCAGGUGCCCUAUAAAUUGAUUAUGAAGCAAGUAAACAACUCUCCUUCUAAAAGCCUGUGGGAUAAAAGUCAGCAGUCUCCUUAUUACCACUAUCAAGAUAAGGCCGGUCAUUUUCAUCAAGUGUGGUAUGAUAACCCUCAGAGCAUUUCUCUAAAGGCAGCAUAUGUACAAAACCGUGGCUUACUCGGCAUUGGCAUGUGGCAUGCAAACUGCCUUGACUACUCUGAAGAUGCUACAGCCAAAAAGCAAACUGAAGAAAUGUGGAAAGCCUUAAGGAAAAAGCUGUGACAGGAAUGAACAUCUUCUGUCAAACUACUGAGAUUUAGAAAAAUGAUCUGUAGUAGUUCUAGUUUCUUGAAGAGAUUAAAAAAGUAUACAUUUUUGUCAUGUUGCUAUAUAUUUUAGUUAUUUGUAUACUCAAAAACAAAUAAAGAAUAAAGAAAUGCUUUGAUUGUUUGAAUUUGAAAAAAAUGCACAUUUAUAUAUAUUGUGUACAACAAUAUAAGGGUUAAGAAACAAGUCAACUUACUAUGUUAAAUAUUCCUAAAAGAUGUUUAAUACUAUAGUUAGAAAUAAUUGCUUUCAGAACUUUAUUAUGCUAAAAUUUUCCUCAUGAUAUUAAAAUGUAUACUUAUAAAUCAAUAAUUUUUUAAAAUAUGUAUAAUUUGAAGUGGAAUUGUUCAGAAUAGAUUUUUUUUAAAACUUAGUCUUUGAGAAUCAGUAGUCAAUAAAUCUAAAUUUAAAACUGCAAUUUAGUGUCUUUAGGUUUAUCCAACUGAUGCAAGUCAUUUUUCUGCUUCCUGGCUCCAUAUGCACUCAUGUUCUCUGAGUCACUUGAGUUAAACUCACUUAGGCCUCCAGAGGGAAAAAUGAAUAUAAAGGAUCAAAAUACUUAACAAAAUACAAGAAGAUAACUUAGUAGUAAUAUUUUGAAUUAGUAGGCUAGAGCUACCUAAUAUUUUCCAGCUAAAUUAUUUGUUGAGGUUAUAUCUGAAAUGCUUAUGAAAAACUUGGUACUGAACCUGAUUCAAUUCAAUUUACCCUUCCAAUUAUUAAUAUUCCUUCAUUUAUGGACCUCUGUGCUUCUUGGUUAGUCUUGUCUUCAUGGUUAAAUUUUCUCAUUUUCUAUAUCUGCAUUUUACUUUUAAUUACCUAAAGACAUUGGUUUCUCAACUGUUUUUUCUAUCUACAAGAGAAAUUUUGUGCAAAGAACUUUCUUUAAAUGUAUAGAAGUUUCUGUUCUCUUAGGCAAUUAAGAAGAAUAUAACUGUGUUACACUUAUAUCAGUUCCUAUAAAUACUUAGAUUAAAAAUCUGCAUCCUUGAACUCUAGAUUUACAUAAAAUCCUGCCUUCCCUGCACAUUUCCUCCUCUCCACGUUGGAAUAAAUGCUUAUUCACAGUCAUCUGCUAUGAUAAUACUUCAUUUCCUACUUAAAAUUAUUUAUGGCAGAGUAACAUUAACC